GCAGCAGCAGACGUGAGCUCCACUCAGGCAGAAGCAAAAGACUGGUUCUUCGGAGUUCGGACCAGCCAACCAGGGUUGCCAUGUCCACGGCCAGCUCAUCUUAGAGGUUAGAACAGCAACACAAAACCAGUCAAAUAUUUUUAAUCUUUUUAAAAAUAAUAAUAAAAGCCAUAAAUUUGAAAACUGAGAGAUAAAAGAGACGAAGACACCGAAUAAAAACAAGGAAAAAGGGUUCUAAUUUUAUAACCGACGACUGACCGGGAAAUCCUGUAAUUUGGCUCGGACGGAGAACGGAGCAACUGAUGUAGCCUAAACCCUCUUCUCACCCUCUCUCCUUCUCUCCUAUCUCGUCCUCAUCUCGAUCUCUAAGAUCUUGAUCCGAUUCGAAGAAGAGUUCAGUGGCGAUCUUUGUUUAACAGAGGUUGCUCUUCUGAGGACUACGAGAAGGUUUUAGCUUUCACGCUUUUCCUCAUGGUUCCAGAAUACUUUUUGCAGCAUUGUUUCGGCAAUCUGUUGUCAUACCGUGGCUCAGGGAUUCAAUGUUGAUAGAAAGAACCCCGUGGCGGGAAUUCCUGCAGUGUUAGACUGAGAACUUUGGCUUUUCAGAUGGGCUUCUCCUGACUUUACUUCAUCUGAGUUGGAAUUCUUAAGAUGUCUCGGGCAGGCAGGGCAAGGGGGAAGCUUCGGUUGAGCAAUCUCUACACUUUCUCUUGCAUCCGUCCGAAUGUUUUGGAAUCAGAAGGCCCCCAUUCCCUUCAAGGCCCUGGUUUUUCACGGGUUGUCUACUGCAACCAACCUCGUCUCCACCGGAAAAAGCCUCUGAAAUAUCCAUCCAAUUACAUAUCAACCACAAAAUACAAUAUCAUUACAUUCCUUCCCAAGGCAAUCUUUGAGCAAUUCCGGAGGGUUGCCAAUCUGUACUUUCUCAUGGCUGCAAUUCUGUCUCUCACACCCAUUGCCCCAUUCUCUGCUGUGAGUAUGAUUGCCCCCCUGGCCUUUGUUGUUGGAUUGAGUAUGGCAAAGGAAGCUUUGGAAGAUUGGCGUAGAUUUAUACAGGAUAUGAAGGUCAAUACCCGGAAAGUUAGUGUCCAUAAAGGGGAUGGUUUAUUUGGAUACAAAUCAUGGCAGAAAAUUCGGGUUGGUGAUGUGGUAAAAGUGGAGAAGGAUCAGUUCUUUCCUGCAGACCUGCUUCUGUUGUCAUCAAGCUAUGAAGAUGGGAUUUGCUAUGUGGAGACCAUGAAUUUGGAUGGUGAGACAAAUUUGAAGGUCAAGAGAUGUUUGGAGGCAACCUUGCCCUUAGAUGAAGGCAUGGCUUUCAAGGAUUUCACUGGAACAAUCAGAUGUGAAGACCCCAACCCUAGCCUCUAUACUUUUGUGGGUAAUCUUGAGUAUGACCGUCAGGUUUAUGCUCUUGACCCUAGUCAGAUUCUCCUCAGAGAUUCAAAGCUUAGAAACACAAGUCAUGUGUAUGGAGUGGUAAUAUUCACUGGCCAUGAUAGCAAAGUCAUGCAGAAUGCGACAAAAUCCCCCUCUAAAAGGAGUAGAAUUGAGAGGAAAAUGGACAAAAUCAUCUAUUUCCUGUUUACACUUCUUGUCUUGAUAUCUUUGAUCAGUUCAAUAGGCUUUGCAGUGAAGACAAAGUUUGGAAUGCCAGAAUGGUGGUACUUGCAACCAAAACAUGCUGCAAAUUUGUAUGAUCCAAGAAAGCCUGCCUUGUCAGGCAUUUUCCAUCUGGUCACUGCUCUUAUCCUCUAUGGGUAUCUGAUCCCCAUCUCACUCUAUGUGUCAAUUGAGGUAGUGAAGGUCUUGCAAGCAAUGUUCAUUAACCAAGACUUACAAAUGUAUGACGAGGAGACCGGGAAUCCUGCACAAGCCCGUACAUCAAAUCUGAAUGAGGAGCUUGGGCAGGUUGAUACUAUCCUCUCUGAUAAGACAGGCACUUUAACAUGCAAUCAGAUGGACUUUCUCAAGUGUUCCAUAGCUGGUGUUUCCUAUGGUGUUGGUUCUAGUGAAGUUGAAAUUGCUGCAGCAAAGCAGAUGGCUUUUGACCUUAGUGGACAAAAUUCUGAAAUUUCUGGCAUCGCCAUGCACAAUAGAAGUGCCCAUGAUUCUUGGGAGAACGGUGCAAGUGAUGUUGCAGGGUCUGAAGUUGAAUUGGAGACCAUCAUUACUUCUAAGGGCGAAAAGGAACAGAAACCAGUCAUAAAGGGGUUCAGUUUUGAGGACAACCGGCUUAUGGAUGGAAAUUGGUCAAAAGAGCCAAAUGCAGAUACCAUUUUAUUAUUCUUUAGGAUAUUGGCACUUUGUCACACAGCAAUUCCUGAACCAAAUGAGGAAACUGGCAGUUUCAACUACGAGGCAGAGUCACCAGAUGAAGGAGCUUUUCUUGUUGCAGCAAGAGAGUUUGGUUUUGAGUUCUGCAGACGGACUCAGACAAGUGUCUUCAUUCGAGAAAGAUACCCUUCUUUUAAACACAUAAUUGAAAGGGAGUUCAAAGUUCUUAAUCUGUUGGAGUUCAGCAGUAAAAGGAAGCGGAUGUCUGUGAUUGUGCAGGAUGAAGAUGGGCAGAUUCUUCUUCUCUGCAAAGGUGCAGACAGCAUAAUUUUUGAUCGAUUAUCAAAAAAUGGAAGAAUGUAUGAAGAGGAGACAAAUAGGCAUCUAAGUGAAUAUGGAGAAGCAGGUCUGCGGACUUUGGCACUUGCAUAUAGAAAGCUAGAAGAGUCUGAGUAUUCUGCUUGGAAUAGUGAGUUUAUCAAGGCAAAGACUACUAUAGGAGCUGAUAGAGAGGCCAUGCUUGAGCGGGUAUCAGAUAUGAUGGAAAAGGAUUUGAUUCUUGUCGGCGCAACAGCUGUGGAGGACGAACUACAGAAAGGAGUACCUCAAUGCAUAGAUAAAUUAGCCCAAGCUGGUCUUAAGAUAUGGGUGCUGACAGGGGACAAGAUGGAAACUGCAAUCAAUAUAGGCUAUGCAUGCAGUCUUCUUCGGCAAGGCAUGAAACAGAUCUGCAUAACAACAAUGAACACUGAUUUAUUAGCCCAAGAUGCUAAUAAGGCAAUGAAAGAAAACAUUUUGAUGCAAAUCACUAAUGCAUCCCGAAUGAUCAAGCUGGAACAAGAUCCCCAUGCUGCCUUCGCUUUAGUUAUUGAUGGGAAAACUUUAGCAUAUGCCUUAGAGGAUGAUAUAAAACACCAAUUUUUGAAUUUAGCAGUUGAUUGUGCUUCUGUCAUAUGCUGUCGGGUCUCUCCAAAGCAGAAGGCGCUGGUGACGAGAUUGGUAAAAGAGGGAACUAAAAAAACCACUCUAGCUAUUGGUGAUGGUGCAAAUGACGUUGGUAUGAUUCAAGAGGCAGACAUUGGUGUUGGUAUCAGUGGGGUGGAAGGCAUGCAGGCUGUAAUGGCUAGUGACUUCUCCAUUGCACAGUUUCGGUUUUUAGAAAGACUUCUUGUUGUACAUGGGCAUUGGUGCUAUAAGAGGAUUGCUGAGAUGAUAUGCUAUUUCUUCUACAAGAAUAUUGCAUUUGGCCUCACCCUCUUCUACUUUGAGGCAUACGCUGGCUUUUCGGGGCAGUCUGUCUAUGAUGACUGGUACAUGCUACUGUUCAACGUCAUCCUCACUUCGUUGCCUGUCAUUUCACUUGGUGUUUUUGAGCAAGAUGUUUCUUCUGAUGUCUGCUUACAGUUCCCAGCACUUUAUCAGCAAGGGCCAAGAAACUUGUUCUUCGACUGGUAUAGAAUAUUCGGAUGGAUGGCAAAUGGUCUCUAUUCCUCCCUCAUUAUCUUCUUCCUCAACAUAAACAUCUUCUAUGACCAGGCCUUCCGUGCUGGAGGCCAGACUGCAGACAUGGCUUCUGUUGGAGCCACCAUGUUCACUUGCAUUAUCUGGGCUGUAAACUGCCAGGUUGCACUGACAAUGAGUCACUUCACAUGGAUCCAACACCUGUUCGUCUGGGGCAGCAUCUGCACCUGGUACCUGUUCCUCCUCCUCUAUGGCAUGUCCUCACCAACCUAUUCAGGGAAUGCUUUCCAUAUCCUUGUGGAAGCUCUAGCCCCAGCACCUAUUUACUGGGUUGUCACUCUCCUAGUAACAACUGCCUGUAAUCUUCCCUACUUGGCGUACUUGUCAUUCCAAAGAUCAUUCAAUCCUAUGGACCAUCAUGUCAUUCAAGAGAUUAAGUACUAUAAGAAAGAUGUGGAGGACCAACGCAUGUGGACAAGGGAACGGUCAAAAGCAAGACAGAGCACAAAGAUUGGGUUCACAGCAAGGGUGGAUGCCAAGAUCAGGCAGUUGAGAGGGAAGUUGCAUAAGAAAUAUUCUUCUUCAGGUGUGCAGACUGUAAUACCUGCUUCAUAACCAUGUCUGGUCGUGUAGUAUAUAUAUAUAUUUUUUUGUGUUAGGAUUUCAAAACCAGCCCCAUUUUUUAUUCUUUUUUUUUCUUCCUUUUUUCGGUCCUUGUCCCAUUCAUGAUUAUUUUUCCACCCAGGUACAUGGGGUUGGUUCAGUGUCCAUUACAAGGAGCAAUGAAAUUGUCUGUACAAUAUUUAUAAAAAGCAUGAGAAAAUGCAGCUUUUGGAAAUAGUUAAUAUAUACAACAGUACCUGUUCUUCGUA